AAGCCGCUGCCGACGUCUUAAAGUUGGCCAAAAAGGCGGCCAAGAGCCCCAAGGAACAUUCAGUCAAGCCGCGAUCGUCGAGCGCUACGGACGUCUAUAUCUCCCCGAAUCUCGUCUCGGGGGCUAGAAGUGAGAAAAGUGCUGACCGGAAAAUUCUUUCGGCCAAGAAAGGUCUCCGGAAAAGAUCUCAAGCGUUUGUGUUUUUUGUGUAACUCCCCUCUGGAUGUCUCUGAACGCCGAACGUUCGUACAAAAUGAAGCUGCGCGAUGUGGAAAAUGCCUUCAAGUAUCGGCGCAUACCGUACCCCAAGCGUUCGGUGGAGCUGAUAGCCCUGCUGGCUAUUUCGUGCACCUUCUUUCUGUUCAUGCACACGAACAAACUGAACAGUCGCCUCAAGGAAAUGGAGGUGAAGCUGCAGCCGUCCGAGUUUUCGGCCCUCGGUCUGACCGGCAAUCACAUCAGCGGACACGAUGCGGGCAAGCACGACGACAUCAACACUCUGCACGGCACCUACCAAUAUCUGAAGAGCACCGGACAGCGUGUUGGACACAAUGUUCAUGCUCGUCGGAGCAGCGAGGAAGAGUAUGCGGAUCGCGGAAGCCAUGGGCAUCAUCACGAUCACCACUCGCACCACCAUCAUGUGCACCACCAGGCAAAGAUCGGUGAUCCCGACCACAAGGCAGCACAUGACAAGCAACUGGCUGUUCCAGAAAAUAAGCAUAAAGAGGAUAAGGCUCUCUUCGAAGACGAGGAGGACGAUGAAGAGGAGGACGACGAUGACUUGGCCGAUGGGGUGGCAACCCAAGAUGACGGUGGCUUUAAUUUCGAAGCCGAUCUCCUGAACAACACCAAGUUUGCCGAGUCGGAUUUUGUGUUCUUCAACAGAGUCCCGAAGGUGGGCAGUCAAUCCUUAAUGGAGCUGAUGGCCCGAUUGGGCAAAAUCAAUGGAUUCAACCACGCUCGCAAUAAGGGCGGUGCCCACGAAACGGUCCUGAUGAACAAACAGCACCAGGGUGAACUGGUGGCCGACCUCCUGACCCGACCAAAGCCGCACAUUUAUAGCCAGCAUAUAGCCUAUAUUAACUUCACUCGGUUCCAUCUGCCCAAGCCAAUUUAUAUUAACUUGGUCCGCGAUCCCAUCGACCGUAUCAUCAGCUGGCACUACUAUGUCCGGGCUCCCUGGUAUUAUCGGGACAUGCAGGCCAAGCUAGGAGACAAGGCACCGGCCAUGCCCUCGGAUGAGUUUCUUAACCUCGACCUGGACACCUGUGUGCGGAAUCACGACCCACACUGCACUUUCACCCAGGAUCAGAUCAAAAACCCAGUGGGCGAUCAUCGCCGGCAGACGCUCUUUUUCUGCGGCAUGAAUCAGAAGCUGUGCAUGCCCUUUAAUUCGGAGGCUGCCAUGCAAAAGGCCAAGCGAACGGUGGAGUCGGAAUACGCUGUAGUGGGGACCUGGGAGGAUACCAAUAUUACGCUAGCCGUUUUGGAGGCCUACAUACCGCGUUUCUUCCGCAACGCCAAGGUUGCCUACUACCUGGGCAAGGAUCGUUUGUCAAGAGUGAAUCGCAAUAAUGUGACUCGAGUCGUUAGCGAGGAGACUCGCGUUAUUCUAAGGAAAAAUCUCACCAACGAGAUCGAGUUCUACGAGUUCUGCAAGCAGCGUUUGUAUCUGCAAUAUGCAGCCUUGAGCCAUGGAAAGAAAUUUGGGGAAGAUGACUACCUCUUGGUGCCAGAACAGCGAAACGAUUACAAUGAGGAGUAUUAGAGGGGAUCAAUUUCCAUUAGAACAAACUCAUUUAGUCUAAGAAAGUGUAAAAUGUAACUCAACUCAGGAUGCCACAUAAAAUAAACCUAAUUUUACAACGUAAGUUCCUUACUGCAAACUAAGUUCAAACCAAAACCUCCCGAUCUAUAGGAUCGAUUCUGAAUGAAAAGAUCCUAUUGCUAAAGCUAACCAUUAUUUCCCGAAUGGAUGUUACUUUAUCUGAUUAUAAAACACAUUCUAGAACUUCUUACAAGGUCCGUUUUUUAUUGCUAUGAGGAAAUACACCCAGUAUUCGUUUGCUUUCUGUUUACCCCGUACCUUGCCUAGAGCUUUCUGUGUGUAUCUGCAUCCGUACCGAUAUCUGUGCACCUGUCUGUGAUUCGUUCUCC